AUGGAGUCAGCUUAUGAGCAGCUUCUGGCGCGAUAUACUGAUGCAACCGACACCAUUGCGCAGUCGCAUUCAUCAAAUCACCUAAAACGGACUGCGGCCCCUCACCACGAAAGCCAUGGCUCACAAGGAAGCCAUCGCCAAGAUGCGUCUGGAGCAGAUCCAGAGGCGACGGCUACGAAGCAGCUCCUCGUGAGGCAGGCCAGGCUCUUGACUCGAAUUUGCAAAGUCAGGCGCGGAGGCGACAAUGGUGGUGACGCCAAUGAAGUGGACAGCGACCUACUUCGCCGGCGACUCGAUGACAUCGCAUCUAUGGCGAUGGCCAAGUUUUAUGCCUACCGUUACGACCGCGUGCCGUACUACUGGCGGGAACUAUAUACGGAUGCGCUGGUGCUCAUGACCCUCCGCCUCGUUGUGCCCUCGCUCUGCGACCACCGCCGCAUCACCGACGGAGCCAUGGAUGAGGUCGUCGAGCUGCUCGACCGCGCACUCAUCACCACCGGCGGUGCUGGCAGCCUCGGCCCAACCUGGAUCGAAGGGACACUUCACAAGCUUCAGGUGUGGCAUGAUGCUGGUAGCGUCAGGAAAGGUGCUCAAGAGCCGCCGCAGAAACGCCAGCGGACAGAAAGUGCCGUCUUUGCAAGUCGCGAACCGUAUGGCCGGCCGGCGCUGUUGCCUGAACGAACAUGCCCUCGCUACGACGGAUGGACCCUUGACAGAUUCGAGGACUACAUGAACGCGGAGGGCGGCAGGCCUCGGCCGGUUGUGUUCACCGACCUCAUGAGCCACUGGCCAGCACUGAAUGAGAAUCCAUGGAGGCGCCAGGACUAUCUCCUCUCGCGAACAUUCGGCGGCCGCCGCCUCGUGCCUGUCGAAGUCGGACGCAGCUACGUCGACGAAGGCUGGGGCCAGGAACUCAUCCAGUUCAAGCGCUUUCUCGAGAGAUACGUCGUCGACGCACCACCCGAGACGGAAGACGACGCCUCCUCGGAAGGCGCCGCCUUGUCAACGCGGCGGCGACCCGUGGGCUACCUAGCGCAGCACAACCUCUUCCACCAGAUCCCCCUUCUGCGCAACGACAUCCGCAUCCCCGAUUUCUGCUGGGCCGCGGUGCCCCGACAUCCCACCGACCCGGCCAAGGACCAGCCGCAGGUCGACGUGCCGCAGCUCAACGCGUGGUUCGGCCCGGCGCGCACCAUCACGCCGCUCCACACCGACGGCUACCAUAACCUGCUGUGCCAGGUCGUCGGCGCAAAGUACGUGCGUCUGUACCCGCCGUGGUGUAGCGCCGCGAUGCGGCCCCGCCCGCCCGAGCACGGCGUCGACAUGAGCAACACGAGCGCCGUGGACGUGGGCGUGCUCGAGGGAUGGGACGAGCCGCCGGAGGGGAUGGAUGAGGAGGCCAUCGAGGGCAUGGGGAGGGGGCUCGACGGUGUCGAGUGCUGGGAGUGUGUGCUCGAGCCGGGCGACACGCUGGUGAUUCCUAUCGGGUGGUGGCACUACGUAAGGAGCUUGAGCAUCAGUUUCAGCGUGAGCUUCUGGUGGAACUGA